AUUUCACCCCAUGACACCUUUACUUUGGGGAGACUCUAACAUUUAAGGGGCCCUUGGACAGGAGUUGAUGCUUGUGAUUUGCAAUGUAGGGCUGUGGAAAUGUAAAGCAAUGCAAUGUGUCUAGUUGUUUUAUUUGCAAGGAUCCCUUUAGAAACACAGACUGACUGCAAGGCCUGAAAGAAACAAGGGCUAGGGUCAUCCGCAGCAGAUGGGAUGUCAGAGAACCUGGAGCAUCAAAUGAAAACAUUCCUAGUGACUGGUCUUGGGGGCAGGGGGGGCACAAAACAGCCACAGGCCCUUGUGACUGGACGCCAGGGUUCAGAGGGGCAAGGCCUUCACUGCAGGGAAGACGACCCUGUCGCCCCCACGCUUGCUGUGUAGAACAGGGCCAGAUCAUAGCUGGGCCUCACCCUCCUCUCACCUCGGAGAGGGACGGGCACAGAGUGGGACUCUGGACUGGAGGGAGAAGUUGGCAGCUGGACUACUGGCAGUGGUGCGUGAAGCUGGGAGCCAUGCGGUGCCAUCUUGUCCGCAGCCUCUCAGGUGCUGCUCUCCUCCUUAUCAGUCUGGCUCUCCUGUCUGUGAGGCAUCAUGGUGUUCGGGACACAACCCAGUACGAAGGGCUCAGCAAAAGGGCAUCAGCGAGCCCAGCUAAAGCACCCCCAGAGCAUAGAAGAGAAGCCAACAGCAGCAGGCAGGGGCAGAAAGAGUCACAGGCCCCUUUGAAUGGGAGCUCUGGUGCCUUGAGAGGUCUGGAACUGGAAGAGAUUUUCAUCGCUGUGAAGACAACCAAGAAGUUCCACCAGAGCAGGAUGGAGCUGCUCCUGGACACUUGGAUAUCCCGGGCAAGAGAACAGACAUAUGUCUUUACUGAUGAAGAGGAUGAAGCCCUGCAGAAGAGAAUGGGUGACCAUGUAGUAUUCACCAACUGCUCUGCAGAGCAUAGCCACCCAGCACUAUCCUGCAAGAUGGCUGCAGAGUUUGAUGCAUUCUUGGCCAGUGGCCUGAGCUGGUUUUGCCACCUGGAUGAUGAUAAUUACCUCAACCCACAUGCCCUGUUGACGCUCCUAUCCUCUUACUCUCCAGCAUGGGAUGUUUACAUUGGGAAGCCCAGCCUGAACCGGCCCAUCCAGGCUUCUGAAACGCUACCCAACAACCAGACGAAAUCCAUAUGUUUCUGGUUUGCUACGGGAGGGGCUGGAUUCUGCAUCAGCCACAAGCUGGCAACCAAGAUGGCACCUUGGGCCAGUGGGCAUAACUUCAUGAGCACCUCAGAGCUCAUCCGCCUGCCUGAUGACUGCACUGUGGGCUACAUUGUGGAGUGCAAGUUGGGUGGGCAUCUGCUCCCCAAUGCACUCUUUCACUCCCACCUGGAGAACCUGCAACUGAUCUCCAGGCCCCAGCUCCGGGAGCAGGUCACCCUCAGCUACGGUGUCUUUGAGAACAAGCUCAAUGUUAUUGAGCUGAGUGGCCCCUUCUCCCAGGAGGAAGACCCCUCCAGGUUCCGAUCUCUUCACUGCCUUCUCUUCCCUGACACUUCUUGGUGCCCGCAGCCUAUUUUCCGGUGAUGGCUGACCUCCUGGACUCAAAGAGUCACGAUGAGGCUGGCGACCCUCCGUUUGCUCUGUGUGGUAGGGGGCUAUUGGUGAAUCCUGGCUUUCCCCUCUCCCCUCUUCAGUGCCUGCCCUGAGGCCACAUGCUGCAGCCAGCCAUAGCCUUGUGGGAGUCUGCUCCAUAAUUGUGGGACAGGGCAAGAGAGGGGAACCCACACCAAGGCUCUUGUAUGCAAAAAAGGAUGGCAUGGAUGUGAUACUCAGCUGCAUCCCAAUUUCCCCUGGUCUCCAGAUCAAUUGUGAAGCUGAGGGAUGGGAGCUGGGGGAAGGUGGGGGCCACAGCAGGGUUCUGGCCCCAGCUGCUGGGUAUGUAUAGGUGAGGACAGGGUGCCCCCUGCUGCCUGGAUGGAGCAUAUAUGUGUGUAUCCAUCCUCUUGAAGCAAAGAUCCUGUGAUACCAGAAUUGGUGUGCUAACAGAGCAUAACUUGCCCCACCUCCAGCCCCUACUGUGUAGAUUUCCUUCAUGUACAGUACCAGAUCUUCUUGUUGUAGCAAACUGGGAAAGCAGCUUUCCUGUCUCUCUACUGAGCCUACUGGUCAGGAUUCCCACAGCCCAGCCCCCCUUGUUGAGCCUGUGGUUAGAUAGUUUGGCUAACUCUCAAGCCUGAAAUAAAAUGAGCUUGUGGUCAAGUCUAUGUAUUCAAUCAUCCCCAGAGAAGCUUAGGGUCCGCCCCAGAAUCUGCUCUGUGACUGGGACAGAGGGAAAGGCAGGCACAACGCAUCUGCUCAGGAGCCUGACGGAGAUGGGGAGUGACAUUGUCUUUGGUGGGGGGAGGGUGCAGUGCCUGCAUUACUCUAAGGAGCUCUCCCUGUCUCUCCUGGUGUUAUUCCUCUCCCUCUUCUCUUCUUAAUCUGAGGUCAGGAUAAUCCUUUCCUUUAAUUAUCUGUCCUUUGAGAUUUAAACUCCAACCUCAACCUGGGGGAGGGUGUGAGAGAAGAGACAUAAAGAAGGAUUUGGAGUGGAAUGAAGGGGCAGGGAGCAGGAGGCAGAGAAGGAGCACUUGGGAUGUGGCUUUAUCAUCUUCUUGACCUCCACCCCAGAACCCAUUGAUUUACUAUGGAGUGAAAAGAGUAAGGCAACUAACUUUUUGCCUUUGUACUUUUUCCCUUCUUCCUCUGUUCUGCUCUCCCACUCAGUGCUGUAGGGAGGAGAGAGAAGAACCAGACCAGUGAUUCUCAAUCAGCGUGUUGCAGCACCCUCAAGUGCUUUGAGAUCCUCUUAAGGGUGCUGCAGGGAGCCAUGUAAUGCUAGCACGUUUAGGUAUGCAAACAUGAUUCACAUGAUAAGCCCAAAGGCUACCUAUACAUGUGUUUGGAGGUGGUGGGGGGCGCACUUUAAUUAGAGCAGUUUCUGGAGAGCCACUCUAAUUAAAAUGGCUCACCAUCACAUGUAUA